CCUGAAACGGUAAUGGGCAACGUGGGCCAUGUGCAGGCCCAGGCAGUGGUUUAACGACGUCGUUGAUGGACAAUGGCCAACUGGCUUGGUUUCGAUGGAAGAAGAAACUGAACACCGAGAAGUCAUCUUCUAUUGAGGAAGCUCCUUCAGUUCCCACUUUCCAAGCUUCGAUCGUCUACAGCUUCUGCAUUUGGAUAAACAAUGUCGUGGUUGGCAAGAUCCAUUGCGAAUUCGUUGAAGCUUGAUGAUGAUGAUGGAGAUGACGUGAAUGCCGGUGGCAACCCCAAAUCACCGUUCAACUCCGAUUCCAUAUCUGAUCAAUACCACCAGACAGAUUCUCCCUCUCGAUCAUCGUCGUCGUCUUCUUCUUCUUCUUCUUCGACUCCUACUGCUAGAGGCGUCAAAGAGGAUUUGUCCGAGCUGAAAAAUACCCUAACCCGCAAUUUCUGGGGUGUCGCCUCUUUCCUCGCCCCUACGCCGGAACAUUCUGCUUCACAUUCUCAAGUCUCUGAUCCGAAACCUAAUGAACUGCUUGAUAAAUCAGCAACCGACAAUCCAUCUAGUCCUAAAUUGUCUGAAGAAGAUCUAAUUGCUGGGAUUCGCAAUGAUUUCGCGGAAAUUAGCGGGAAGUUUAGGACUGGGAUCUCGAAGCUGUCGAACACCAAGACUGUAUCGGAGAUCUCCAAGAUUGCUUCCAAUUUCCUUCAGUUUGGAUCAGAUGAAUCUUUGGAGAAUUAUGAUGUGGGAAGUGCGGUUGGUGUAACAGAGGAGGUCCUGAUAUUCGUGAGGAAUAUCGUCCUGCAUCCCGAGACCUGGUUGGACUUUCCUCUUCCUUAUGACGACGAUUCUGACGAUCUGGAGUUAUCUGAUGCCCAGCAAGAACAUGCUUUAGCUGUUGAGCAUCUUGUUCCAAGAUUGGCUGCUUUGAGGAUUGAAUUUUGUCCUCAAUACAUGAGCGAAGAUUGCUUUUGGAUGAUCUACUUUGUACUCUUGCAUCCUAGACUUAGCAAGCACGAUGCUGAACUUCUGUCAACACCCCAAAUCCUAGAAGCCAGAGCACAACUUCAUGAAUUACAACAACGAACCAAGGUGCAGAUGGAACCUGAGAUAUCUAGAAACAUCUCUACUAGUUCAAAAGGAUCUUCUGAUUCAUCAAAUGAGGAGCAUCUCUCUGUGCCACCCAGAGAUCAAUCUGAACCACUCUUUCUUCAGAAACCCCCUGAUAGUGCCGCCCCUUCCUUAAUGGUGCCCGAUGUUGAGACCGAUAAGCAUCCAAUUAAGAAUGUGGAAAUUCAAGUUGUAGACAAGCCUGUCAUUGAGGAAACACCCUUGCGAACCGGAGUUGAACAUCCCCACUCUGGUCCUUCCAAAGUUUUUGAUGACAUUUACGUGGAUGAUGGAGAUGAUUGGUUGAAGGAGGAGACUCCUGAGAUUGAUGGUGUUAGUGUAACUAACAUCCCUAUUGGGAAUGACGAGGACGUAUCAUUUAGUGAUCUUGAGGAUGACGACCAGGACGUGCCAAUAUAUCAUAAGAAGGUUGCAUCAAGCUCUGACUCUUCCACUAAAGAUUCCCGAGAUUGGGUUCAGCUUAGCCGGAGUUCUGGUGAUUCAGACAAGGAUACAAACACCAUAGAAACGAAGCAUGUUGGAUCCGGGCAGGUAGGCACCCACAAGGAAUCAAGUGACUGGCUUAAUGUCGAUGACAUUGAUUCAAUGUGACAACUCCGUGAAAAUCUUCAAUCUGCUUAUUUUCAUAGAAUGUUAUCUCCAAUGUAUAUCUUGUGUUCUCUAUAUAUGAAGCAAGCAUUUGGGAACUAUGUUAUGAUUUCUCUGUAUAUAGAAAAACUUGUAAACUCAAAAUUCAUUUACAUGCAAAUAAUGAAUGCCUUUGUUAUAGUUACUAUGA